UCUGACACGUGAAAACGAUCACGCCCAACGUAAGGUUCACGCGACUGGAACUAUUCCAGGUCGUGGCGGAAAAACAACAGAACAUUGAUGAUUUCCUUCUAAAUAAUCGCAACUAAUACUUGAUCCGGCGACAGCAGUCUUUAUCCAGCGAUGGGGCAAAGAACCUCCAUGUUUCCAGCGCAUGAGACCUACGCUACAGAACAGCCCCCACAGAAGCCGCUCUAGUUAGAUUCAAGAAGCCUGACUCCCGCGCAGCAAAGCCGAUUCUCUCACCUCUUCUCGAACCACAUCUCAACUAUCAACAGGCCCAAGACAAGAGGCGCCACUCCCCUUCCAAAACCGAUUUUGCUCUUGGUCUACCUUGCGCCGUUGGACUUUCCUCGGGUUCGGCAGCACACGUUCCCAAGGCGGCCCAGCCCACGCUGGGAGCCUAUCACAAUGGCUGCCCCGAUUGUGUAUGAAGGCGUAGAUGGAAAAUACAAGGGCACGCUGUUUGGCGGAGUCAAGUUCUGGGUUGCUCAGCGAGUCCCAACCCGCAGUGUCCUGGUUCAAAAUAUCAAGGAUAACGGCGGCAAGGUUGUUCUCCUGGAAAAGUAUGCCGAUGUGCUGAUUGCAGACCCCGCCAGGAAAGAUACGCCUCCGGGAUCUGUCUCGUGGAAGUAUAUAACCGACUCGGUAAAGGAGGGAAGAAUCGUCGAUAUUGACGAAUACCGGAUUAGCCGAGCGAAUAAUCCACGCCCGGUUGGAUCGUCGAAACCGUCCAAAGGCACUAGGACCCCUUUCUCCAGGGAGGAUGAUGAGCUCUUGGUGAACUGGAUACGCCAGCAUACACACCACGGUGGCAACAAGAUAUACCAGGAUCUCGAGGAAAAGUAUCCGCAUCACACCUGGCAAUCGUGGAGGGAUAGGUGGGUCAAAAAGCUCUCCCAUCUCUCCAGCGGCGAGCUGUUGCAGUCCUAUCCAAGCACGCUGCCGCCUCCCAACGCAGAACGGGUCGACACAUCCCGAAGAACCCCAAGAGCUGCCACAGUAGCCUCCUCCCCUCAGCCAACCGUGGCUGCUCCUAGACAAUCUCCCAGGAGCAGGACCCGCGUUACCGAAGAAGUCAACGGAGUUGUUACUCCAUCUGAAAGAUCUCAGCCGGCUAGAGCUGUCCCAGUCGAAUCCCUGCCCGUCAACCCCGGUAGAAAGAGCGAUGCGCCACCUAACAUAACGUCUAGCACAAAUGGUCCAACCAAGCAGCACUUGGAGGAGAGGCGUGCCAGAAUCCGGGCCGCGAAGACAAUACAGAGAAUAUGGAGAGGCUAUUGGGCGCGGACGGUGGUGCGACGGCGGAUGCCGCUGUUGAAGCGAAGGCGAAAAAAAGUCCAGGCCGCCAGGACCAUACAGAGAGUUUGGAGAGGCUACCGGGUCCGGCGAGAUAACCCGCGACCUUCCGGACAUCAAAUGGCAGCAGAGACAGAGGCAGCGCUGGCAACAGAGACAGAGGCAGCGCUGGCAGCAGAGACAGAGGCAGCACGGCAACAAACGGUGCCCGCAUUUACCGAGCAGCAGUUUUGGAAUAUUUUCAACCAUUAUCGAGGCGAUGGUAAUCUCGUUCCGUGGGUGCAGAUUGGCCCGCACACGGUAGAUUUCUGGACUCUCUGGUCCUCUGUCACGGACAGGCCGCCGCCCCGUGAUUGGCAGCUGGUCGCUGAGAAGCUCGGACUCAACUGGGUUGCUGAACAAGAGGUGCCAACGCUCCUGAGGGAGGCCUAUCGAGAACAUCUGUUCGACUUUGAAUGUGCGAUGCGGAAAUAUUGUCAGACUGUGGAUGAAGAGGAAGACGAGGAUGAAGAAGGAGGCGAUGAUGAAAACGGGGAGGAGGAGCAGGAGCAGGAGGAUGAUGAGGAGGAAGGCGAGGAUAGGGCAGAAGUCGAGGAUCGAUAUGAAGGCAAGCGAUCACCAUGGGCGGCAGCUCCUCGCACAGAACCUUCAGACCGCUCAGAUGGUUUCGUGUCCUCGCCGCCUUUGCCCUUCCAACGAGCUCUUGACCAAGUUCAUAGCUCAAUCGCUCCUCCGUUUCUCAGUUCCUCUGCCAAGCGGCGGCGACGCGACCCAGAUGAGGAGAUCCCCGACACGCCUGAGUUUCGCUCCGAACUUUCACGCCAACAAGACGACUUUUCCAGAAUUUGGAUGACUUCGGCCCUUCAGCACACCCCAAGCAAGCGCCCCCGUUUUAGACCGCCUCCACUCCAUAGGCAAACGGCAGAGCCGGAAACCCAAGAUUUUCAUUUUGGGUAUCCCUUGCAGGAUAAUGGAGUGGAAGACGACGAGCUUUUUGGCCCGUCCGAGCAACUACGAUCAGAAUCGGAUAUGUUCUAUCGGCCUGUUUCCGCCUUGCCGCGCCACAACCCAACAUCCGAGUCGAGCGACGGAUUUGAGUCCAUGAACAUCAAGCCCCGCAUUUCGAGUCACCGGAGGCCUGUCCUCCCUUCCUCAACAGCACUCAGCCGAUCCAAGGGCCCGUCAUCGACUUCCACAACUCGACCUUCCCCUCCAACCAGUCUCGCCCAUGCCCAGCCGCGAUCUACCAUUAAUGCUACUAGCAACCAUAAUGGGAAGCCUCGCUCUUCUCCUACCACUCCUGCCACAGCGAACCAUAAGCAGAAGUCUACGCAGAUCAUUGAUCCGGGCCCCAUCAUAGAACACUGGGUCUCGCUCGGCUACGAAGAACCUUUCGUCGCCCGCGCUGUCAGGGCAACUGGGUGCAAAGAGGCGAAUGUCGGGACUGUCAUUGAGAGUCUGAGGCGAGGAGAAGGAGUUCCGAGAGGGAUAAAAGGGGCGUGGACUUCAAAGGACGAUAAAAGGGUGAGGGAGAUUGGGCCGUGGCUGGAUUCUCUUCGUGGGAUGAUCCCUGAACGAGGGAAGGGUAAGAGUAUUAGGGGUCGGGAGGAGGAUGUGUACUGGGAGUUGGCGGAAAAGCAUGGCGCUGAGGCUGUUAUGGAUAGGAGGGUGUUUUUGAGCUUAUGGGACCGCCUCUGAGAUUAAGUUUUGUUGGUUCAUAUCUAGCGGUGGGUUGGCUCGGGCGUGGAUCGGGGAGUUUGGAGUUGCGAGUAUCGGUACGGUGCAAGAGCAUGUGGCGGCCAGAGGCAUCAGAUGUUUAGUAAGGGGGGCGCUUAGAUGGCUUCCGCUGGCUCCAGGGCCACCUGAUUCACCAAUUUAUCAGCCAUUACCGG